UUUUUACCACACCUGUUUGGUGUACGUGUCAGUUUUUUACAGUAUUCAACGUGUUCCGCGAAUAUUGCUUUUGUUGGUGGUACAGUAAAGGUCGCGCCCUAUAGGCUCCUGACCCCUGCACGGCACGCAUCAGAUCCAACGCCACCCGCUUACCUUCUAAGGACUUACUUAAAUUUCGAUCCUUUUCUUAAAGGUGUUUUCAACCCUACAGGACGUUCACUUGUUCUUCUGUAGUGUAAACAUUCAACACCAUCAUGUCGGUCUCUUCAGGUGACGUGGAAAUAGACAUUUCAGGAGAUAUUGACGUUCCUGCUCGAGUUACGGAGUCGAAUAAGUCGAGUGGGAUGAGCGAAGAGUCGGAGUUGGUUGUGGCCGACCCGUUUGACAUGGAUGGUGACAGUCCCUACCAGGAAUCAAGUGCUAUUAAGAAGCUCCUGAUGCAGCUGCCCGUCCAACUCCAGCUGGCCUCUCCAGCUGCCAGGGAAUGGAUCACUCGCCGGAGGGAGAAUGUCCGACCAUGGCUGGUCUUCGUCAACACACAGAAGUUCAAGGUUCCACCUAAUGUGCAAAGAUGGACCAAGAGAAUGAUCAAGAAUGUAGACUACUUCCAAUCAAAUUAUAUGUUUGUUUUCAUCAUCCUCAUCCUCUACUGCCUAAUUACGUCCCCGAUGCUCCUCUUUGCUGUAGCUGCAUCCCUCGGUGCCUGUUACAUCCUGUCGUUGAAGAAUGCAGAGAAGAAGAUUGUCAUAGGAGGUCACGAAAUACCACUCGCUCACCAGUAUGGAGCUGUUGGCAUUCUCUCUCUGCCUGUUUUCUAUUUAGCAGGCGCUGGGGCUGUCUUGUUCUGGGUCCUAGGUGCAAGCUUCUUCAUCAUUGCCAUCCAUGCUUCCUUUUACAACAUUGAGAGUAUCCUUGGUUCAGAAGAUGAGCCUUUUGAGCUGCAGAUGGAACAGGUCUAAAGAUGGAGUUUGUCAUCUGGAGAGGAAAAGAAGGAAGAUGUAAUGUGAGCCGAAAGGAUAGGUGCUUGUGUGUUAUCAUUCUUUUGUAUGAAAUAUAUAACCACAUUCAUAUUUAUAUACAUAUAUAAGUUAUUGUGGAAGUUUGGUUCCAGAUUACAUGUAUUAAAACAUCAUAAUAUCUAUGUGAAUUAAUAAAUGGAAGUAAGGUGCUUCAACACCUGUGCUAAAGUUAUAUUGCUUGAAGUUGUGUACCCGUCCCAAGUUUUGAAGAUAAAGGAUAAGAACAGAAGUAAAGGCAUUACACAUAAGACCCAUUGCUUGUGUUUCAGGAUAUUACAGACAAUAUCCUAGAAAUGUGAAACUAUACCAAAAACAUUAUACCGAAAAUAUGUAAGCGACAGAUGUGCAGAACUCUAUUCUUAUUCUUCAGUUAUGAUUCCCAGAAUUUUCCGGUAAUGCAGUGGGGAGUGAGUUGCAUGUACUAUUUAUUUUAUGAAUUACAAAUAUUCUGAUAUUUUAUUGUAUUAAAUCAAAAGUAUUUCUUCUCUUUCAUCAUCUUUAAUUUAAUCUAGCACUGCCAGCAUUAGAAGAGCAUAUAUCAUUAUUUUCAUUAGAUAAGAAUGGUCAGAUAUUGUUUAUAAGAACAUACAAUACUUUUUUACAAUACUAUACAGUGAUAGGCAUAUAUUUUGGCAAUUUGUCCACUCCAGCAGUAUGAGGUAUUUACUACUUUUAAAAAAUCAUAUACAAUUUUUUAUAGACAAAUGUGAAACUUGAAGAAAUAGUGCAAUACAGAACAACAAACUGCCUACAUACUUCUUUUUGUUAGGCUUUACUGUAUACUAUAUAUAUCUGCUUUCCAAAUUGAUUGAAAAGUCUGACUGUUACAGUGUAAUGAAGUAUUAUAAACUUUAGUUGUUUUUUUUCUCUUGUUUUUCUUUUUUUUCUUUGCCAAUCAGUAAAUUGUCAGUGAAUCAAGUGACCUGAGAAAUUGUAUAUUUUUCCAAUAGACACUGACAGUUUACCUGAAGACUUUUUUUAAGAAAUCUGGCCUUCCUAACGGCAAUCAGCAUAGAACAAAAAGAGUUCUGGGAAACAGUGUUUUCAGUUAUGUAAGGUAAGACACAUGCACAGGUAAUUGGAUAUAUAACUGAAACUCCCCAAAGCUAAAA